GCACACCAAAGCUCCCAAAAUGUCCGGCGAAGAACGAAAGAAGAGACGGACUCUAGUUCUGCGGCCCUCUUCUCGAACAACAAAUGUUUCUGUAUCAGGGAUCCAUGGAGGUCAUCAAAGUACUAGAGACACAAACAGCAUCACUGGUGGCUCCAGCAGGAAACAUUUCCGUCUUGGUGGUGGUAGCAAAGUUCUGGAGAAGAGCGCCCUCCAAGUUGUGCGGGUAUUUGAUGAGGAAGACAAUGACGUCACUCCUCAGCCACUGUACCAGGCAGAUCCAGCAGCACCACAUGCCAAGAGCUGCAGGUUGUUUCUGGAUGAAAUCUCAGCUGGAUUAGCAUCAGAGCAGACAACAGCCACCGGGAGCUUCGCCAUGCCUUUCUCCAGGUCAAUGUUAGGAAGCAGCAGAAUAUCGAGCCAGUCCACCAUCGAGUCCAUGAAUGAGGAGACCGAGGAUACAUUUUCCAAACGGCAAAUGCCCAUCAGCUUCCCAGAUGUACAGAGGAGAAGAGACACAGUGAAAGACCAUGUGGCAGAGGACAUGUUGAAAGAGGUCUACAUCUCUGAAACAGACAGCAUCUCACUUCUGGACAUGGCAAGCACAUUUGUGUCCGUGGAGGCUGCUGGAACAGAAGCUAUCAUGGAGAAAAACCAUCGGUAUGCUGAUCUGUGCAGAAGCAGAGUGGGAAACGAUAAGUAUGUGGACCGAGCGGUACAGACAUUGAACGGAGCAGCUAAAAACAAACAGGUGCAGACCAACAGCCACGUGGGGGUGGACUCAGCUAUCACCGUCACCUCCUGGGACAUCUAUGACACUCUGACCCGCCCCGAGCAGCACAAGGAGGCUAGCAUCCAGGAACAGGGGGGGCCUGAAUAUCCAGGCGCUGCAGUGGACCCCAACAGGGGGGCAGAGAGGAGCGCGUCAGUGGGCAGCACAGCCAGCACAGUCAGUGCUGCAAGCUCCUGGAAUGACGGAGCGCUGGGGAGUGGUUUAAAUGCUGAGUCAGACCUGCAGCUGAUUCUGCUGUCUGAGAAAUUCCGCCACAGCUUGCUGGUAAUGGAGAGGACCAUCCAGAGAAACACUUUCCAACCCGAGCUGGCUGCUUACAAACAGCUAAGUGAAGAGAGUCUGGUGAAGCCUGGGACAGUGGAGAAGAGGCAGGACGAUACAGAGAGCCCCCGAUCUCCAGCCAUGGAGCGUCUGUGGGCUUUCAGCUGUCAGCGCUGCAGAGGGCGCAGCAUCAGCACCAUGGCCUGGAACCAGAAAAACCCGGACCUUCUGGCUGUGGGCUACGGCGAGCCAGGCGGCCUGUUGUGCUGCUGGUCUCUCACAAAUCCUGCGUGGCCUGAGUGGGCCGUUCACUGUGACAGCGCUGUGACUUCCCUGGACUUCUCAUCAAGUAACCCCAGCCAGCUGGCUGUGGGCAUGCAAGAUGGCACCAUUGCUGUCUACAAUGUGAACAGUGACCACAAUGCGUCAUGUGUCCUCAGCAGCAGUCAAUGUCCCAACAGGCACUUGGAUCCAGUGUGGCAGCUCAGAUGGACCCAACAGGAGCUGAACCUGACCAGAGACAAGGCGCCAGAGUUUCUCUUUUCUGUGGCUGCAGACGGGAGGAUCAGCAGAUGGUUCUUCUGCAGCAGUGGGCUGGACUGCACAGACCUGAUGAAGCUCAAGAAGAUCCAACAUACCAAGAAAAAGGCUGGAGGCACAAGGACGGAAAGUGUCCUGUCAGCUCUGAAUCCUGGUCUGUGUUUGGACUUCCAUCCUACAGAUUCCAGUGUCUACUUGGUUGGGACGUGGGAAGGGCUCAUUCACAAAUGCUCCUGUUCCAACAAUCGGCAGGUCCUGGAGACCUACAGGACUCACUUUUGUCCUGUGAACCGCAUCAAAUGGAGCCCGUUCAGUCCUGGUGUGUUCCUGAGCUGCUCCUCCGAUUGGACCAUCCAGCUGUGGCAGCAGGACCACCAGAAUCCCGUGUUGGGCUUCAGCUCCACCCACACAGCAGUGUGUGACGUCGAGUGGUCCCCCAAGUGGGCCACGGUGUUCGGAGCUGUUCACGAGGGACAGUUGGAAAUCUGGGACCUGAGUUCAAGCAUCCUAGACCCAGUCCUCGUGCAGCCUGCUGCUGCUGGUGUGCAGAUGACGUCCCUGCUGUUUGCCACACAGACAGACUGUGUCUUGGUAGGAGACAGUGAUGGACAAGUGACCAUCUACCAGCUCAAGAACCUCCGCAUGGGAGGGAGCAACCAGGUGGAUCUUCUGGAGGGCCUCAUCCGCUCUGCAGGUCAAAACAGCUUUAAGAAAUGUACAUAGAUGUAAACGGAACCUACUAUUUUGUAGUAUGUCCACAUGUGUUGGCAAAACAGGUUCAUUUUGCCGUAGCUAAUUACUGUAUAUUGUCAUUUCCU